AUGAAAUUCUCUUUGUUACAGCAGAGCUACAUGAACCGCCGAAGCGGAAGUUUCAGAGGAGCAUCAGCGCCGUUAGAUUCAUCAACAGACAAUACAAUCAAAUCACCAGCCGCUAUUUUUUGGCUCGUUUUACACGGCCUUUGUUGUCUCAUAAGUCUCCUACUCGGCUUUCGCUUCUCUCGUUUAGUUUUCUUCUUCCUCUUCUCCACCUCCACCACCACCACUCUCUAUGUGACGGCACCGUUUCGCCCUCUCACUGAAACAACCGCCAUUUCUAGCCCCUUAACUAAUAGUGUUAAUGAUCUCCCGGUUCGAAUUCCGGUUAUUAACAAAACGGUGAGUUCGAGUUCGAGAGUUGUUGUCGGGCGACACGGGAUCCGGAUCCGGCCAUGGCCGCACCCGAACCCGAGUGAAGUAAUGAAAGCGCAUCAGAUAAUAGAGACAGUUCAAAGAGAGCAAAGGGUUCAGUUCGGUGUGAAGAGUCCUAGGACUCUUAUUGUAGUCACGCCUACUUAUGUGCGGACUUUCCAGACUUUGCAUUUGACUGGUGUUAUGCAUUCUCUGAUGUUGCUCCCCUACGAUGUCGUCUGGAUCGUGGUGGAGGCCGGUGGGGUUACCAAUGAAACUGCUUCGAUUAUUGCCAAAUCCGGUGUUAAGACUCGCCAUAUCGGAUUCAAUCAGAAAAUGCCGAAUUCUUGGGAAGGAAGGCACAGAUUGGAGACUAAAAUGCGGCUUCGUGCUUUAAGAGUUGUGAGAGAGGAGAAGAUGGAUGGAAUCGUGAUGUUUGCGGAUGAUAGUAAUAUGCAUAGUAUGGAGCUAUUUGAUGAGAUUCAAAAUGUGAAGUGGUUUGGUGCUGUUUCGGUUGGGAUUAUUGCUCAUUCAGGGGUGGAAGAGAAUUUGCCUAAUCCAGCAAUGCCUGUUCAGGGACCAGCUUGUAAUGCGUCUAACAAGUUAGUUGGUUGGCAUACCUUUAAUUCAUUGCCGUAUGAGGGGAAGAGUGCGGUUUAUAUUGAUGAUAGGGCUACAGUGUUGCCUAGGAAGCUGGAGUGGGCUGGGUUUGUAUUGAAUUCGAGGUUGCUUUGGAAGGAAGCUGAAGAUAAGCCAGAAUGGGUUAAGGAUUUUGAUUUGGUUGGUGAGAAUAUAGAGAGUCCUUUAGCUCUGCUCAAGGAUCCUUUCAUGGUGGAGCCACUUGGGAGCUGUGGGAGACAAGUUUUGCUUUGGUGGCUCCGUGUUGAAGCUCGUGCUGAUAGCAAAUUCCCUCCAGGAUGGAUAAUUGAUCCACCUUUGGAGAUUACUGUGCCAUCGAAACGAACACCAUGGCCCGAUGCUCCUCCUGAACUCCCUUCCAGCGAAAAGAUAACAAUUAACCAAGAACAGACUGUUAAGCGUUCUUCAAAGACUCGAUCACCCAGAUCAAAACGAAGAAGCAAGAGAAAGCAUGAAGCAAAGUUGGUGGAGACACAGGUCUCUGCAAGGCGUUCUGAACAAAACUGA